AUGACUCUGUACUUCCAUCCUGGAAGGCAGCCCUUUGAGGCUGGGGUGGAAAAAGAGAGAUCCAUGGGUGUGUCCGUGCAGCACCGGCCAGUGCAAAUGCAACUCCAACAGUUCGUCACCCCCAAAGAUCUGAAGGCCCUCUUGCCGCAGGUCAACUAUCGUGUGCCUAAUAUGAGAUUUCUGAGGGACAAACUUCUGGAGGUGGAAGUCAGGACCGAAAUGACUUUCAACCACUUCGCACAUUUCUACAAAAACCUGAUGUUUGAUGCCCAGAAAUCGAUCAUCGAGCAGCUGGAAUUGUCUUUCCCCUUGCGAAACGUGGACCGACCAGAGCUGUGCCAGAUCACCUUGUAUGAUUUCCAGAAGUUCCUGCAGUAUGACCAGAAGGAGCCCUGGGCAAGUGACAUUGCCCGAGUUCGAGAAUUCAUGUGCAGCUGCCUGCAGGAUCCGUUCAGCGACAUGGCUGAACCUUUCUUCCAGCUGGAUGAGUUCCUGACAUUCCUCUUCUCCAAAGAAAACACGACCAUGGACUCCAAGUACGAGCAGGUGGUGCCGGACGAAAUGAACUACCCCUUAUCUCAGUACUGGAUUUCCUCCUCCCAUAACACGUAUCUCACUGGGGACCAGUUCUCUAGCGAGUCCUCUUUGGAAGCUUACGCCCGCUGCCUCCGCAUGGGUUGCCGUUGCAUUGAAUUGGACUGUUGGGAUGGCCCUGACGACCUGCCAAUCAUCUACCAUGGCCACACGCUCACCUCCAAGAUAAAAUUCUUGGAUGUGCUGCACACCAUCAAAGAGCACGCCUUCACCACCUCGGAGUUUCCCAUCAUCCUCUCCAUCGAGGACCACUGCAGCAUCGUCCAGCAGAGGAACAUGGCCUCCCACUUCAAGAAGGUCUUCGGAGACAUGCUCCUGACCAAGCCGGUGGAUGUCAACGCUGACCAGCUGCCCUCGCCUGCCCAGCUCAGGAAGAAAAUCCUCAUCAAGGUAGCCUUCUCAUAA